CAGGCACAGCAGGCCAUUGUCCCUCCAUUUUUAGUGCAUCCAACGCUUAGCAUCCCCUCUCGUAUUCUGACUUCUUUCAACUUAAAAUCAAAUAUAGUAUAAAACCCUACUCUCCCUUCCUCAUUCUCUUUCACUGCUCAACGGAAGAUGGUGUGGGACUUGGUUUUCUGGCUUCUCUCUUUACUCGCCAACUUUGGCCUCCUCGCUAUGGUCUUUCACGAGCUUUUGUGCUUAACCGACUUGGAGGCUGACCAGAUGAAUCCCUUUGAAGCAACAGCUUCCAUUAACAACUGGAUUCUGCCUGAGUUUGUGUUGCAAGGGGUUAUCUGCAUUCUCUUCCUUUUGACGGGACACUGGGUUAUGUUUCUCAUGGCUGCUCCCCUUACUCUUUAUCAUGUGAUGCUGUUUAUGAAGCGAGAGCAUCUCAUUGAUGUCACUGAAGUUUUCAGAAAUCUUAAUUCUCAGAAGAAAUUUAGGCUGAUCAAGCUUGGUAUCUACUUGAUUUUCUUCUCCAUUUUAAUGUUCAGGGCACAGUAGCUGGGAAGUAUAUACAUUUGUGCAUUUUCUUCCAUCUACAACCUGAUAUAAGGUGAGAUGGUGGUCUUGAUGUAGCUAUAAAGUUACUCUAUUGGACCUGGAGGUCAUUGGUUUGAGAGAUGGAGAUGAUCUUUCUACAAAGCAGUGUAAGCUUGUGUAUGUGAACCCUUCCAUGGCUCGUAUGUGGGAUGCUUUGUGCAUUUGGCAGCCUUUUCUUACAACAGGUUAUAAGGUCAUGUGACAAAGAACACCAAAGAAGAAAACACUUGUGAAUGUUACAAGAAUGUAAUAUGCGCAUGAUGUCUAUCUAUUUUGUGGCAUUAUUUUUUCAUUUAAUGAAAAUGAUAUGCCAUUUGGUUAGAUGUUAAAACAAGUAUAAACUACUGAAAUAUACAGAUUACCUUAUAACUGGGAACUUCUGACAUGGCAGGAUAAGGAGCUAGUAUCUGGUGCACCUUUAUAUUUGGUUCUAAACAGAAAUGCCUUAAGGAUAGACCUACAUAAUGGGAAAAAAUGGCACACAUCAUACAAAGAAAAGCUUCACUUGGUUUUCCAAUGAGGUAGACAGUAUUAUAAGGUGAGAGGCGAUAGGGUACCCUACGGCCUUAGGUGAGAGAUGAGGCAAGGGCCUAUAUAUAUAUAUAUAUAGAUGGAUAGAUAGAUAGAUAUAACAUAAAAAGAAAAAAUCAGCAACUAAAGAAUACCCAUCUAACAAAAAUUGAAUGGAGAACGGGGCAUAUCCUAGCUAAAUCAAGAAGAACGCAUUGGAUUAGUAAAGAGUUUCCACUCAAUUCAAUCUUGAAGAAAGCUAAGGUUUUGAAAGGUAAACUAAAAAAGGAAACUAAGAUGCUGCAGCUGCUGACAUGAGAGUGAGAGAAAUGAGAAGGAGAAGAUAUAUAUUUUUUCAAAAAAAAAAAAGAUGGUUGAAUCUGCUGUCUUCUGUGCCAGUCCUCUUAGGAGAGAGGAGAGGAGAAAAGAGAGAGGAAAGAAGAAGAGGAGAGAAAUAGAUAAAACAGAUGAGAUGUGUACCUUUUAGGUUGAGGAAAGAACUUCAUUUGCUGGCUUGCAAGAGAAAAGGCUGGGGUUCAAUUUACAAAAAGAAAAAAUUAAAAAAAAAACUUAUU